UACAUUUGACGUUUCACAUUCACCCUAACCUAUUUUACUAUUAUUAUUAACAUUUUUUCAGUUCAUAUAAAAUGUAAUGUAAAUCACUGAGUCAUACUCCAUACACUUCAAUAUAAGUGCCCAUUAAAAAAUGCCUCAAGAAAUUUGCGAGAAUAAAAAAUGUAAUAUAAUAAGCCAUGAAGAAAAUGAACAGGUAUUUGGGUUACUUGGAGUUCGUUGUCAGAGUCUAGCGACCACUGUCAUACAGUUAUACAUCACGGAAGCCCCGCUUCAUAUGCAAUGGGUCAAGAAGGACACGGGAAUAUUGUGUUUCGUAAAGGAUAACUUUAGAAAGAACUACUUCUUUCGAUUGUAUUGUUUGCGACGCAACAGCAUGGUAUGGCAGCAAGAAAUCUACAAUAAUUUAGAGUACGUGGCGUGUCAGGAUUUUUUUCAUUCGUUUGAGGGCGAGGGAUACAUGGUAGCCUUUAAUUUUGCGAACACCACAGAAGCCAAAGAAUUAAAGAUGAUUGUAGAUCGAAAACUACAGGCAAAGAAACGACGCGAAGAGAAACGUCACUCCCGUAUGAACAUAAAUUCACAACCAGAAAAUACUAACCCGAGAUUACCGUCGAGCAACGAUCUAAUGAUGUAUAGGAAACAUUCGGACCCAAACGAAAGAAAGGCAAAGCGGAAACGAAACAUUACUAAAGCAGACAUUAGUAAUCCUUCCGAAUUUAGGCACGUUUCGCAUGUCGGCUUCGAUCCCGACCGUGGAUUUGACAUAAACGGGGACGAUCCGCAGCUGAACACUUUCUUCCAAAAGGCAGGCGUUUCGGAGAAGCAACUACAAGAUAGAAAUACUCGCGAGUUUAUUUACAAUUUUAUUAAUAAUCACGGCGGCCGCGAGGCGGUCCAGGAAACUGUUCAAGAAACAAGGAAACCAGCACCGGCUCCCCCAUCACCCGUGGCAGGACCGCCGGUGCCUCCUAGAAGCACACACAAUAGAGCAGCACCUCCUCCGCCGCCAAGUUUGUCUCAAGCUCAAAAACAAGUGCUGGCACCGAAGACUUCGUCACUGAACAGCGCGCCUCCGGUUCCAGGUAUGGCGCCGCCACCGCCUCCACCACCACCGCCAGCUCCGGUGCCAGCGCCUCAAACCGAAGUGCUUCCACAAACCCCCACACAAGACAUGCGUUCUGCUCUGAUGCAAAGUAUACGAGGAGGAGCUACUCUAAAGCCUGUAGAAGUUGACACCGAAAAAAGAGGGACACUCACUGAUUCCGGACGAACCGAUCUAAUGAGUGAAAUUCGGAAAGGUUUUCAGCUGAAGCCUGCUGUUGAAAGGGAAGUGAAACCAGUAUCGCCGUUGAAUGAUCAGCCGGGUCGUGGAGACCUAGCAUGUGCACUUGCAAGGGCCCUAGCAGAACGAAAUCGCGUAAUUCAUUCAGAGGAUGAUAGCACCUCUGAUACAGACUCCAAUGACGAAGAGUGGGAUGCUUAGUUUUACAAAAUGACAGUAUAUGUAAUAGUUAAAAUUAAAUAUGAUUGAGAAGGAAAUGUAUAACGAUCACAUUUUAUAUUUUUUGCUUGUAAAUAUGUUUUAGGAUAACAAACUUUUUAUACAGUCUGUUUUUCAUUUCGUUGCAUGUGCGCAGUUUAAUCUUUAAUACAAUUAUGUCUUCCAUCAUGUUUAAAUGACAUUUAUAAAAAUGAAUUUGCUGUAUAACCUUUAAAAUAUAGAAAUUGGAACUGC